CUAUCCAAUAUUUAGUACAAUCUAUGGCAAAUGGUUCUGCCUGUGAAGUGACAGUCGUAUAUCGUUCUAAAUUGACUUCUAAUGGGCUAACUUUACAAAACUUUGAAUGAAAAUAAAAAGUCACCAAAACUUUAUUUUUCCCGCAACCAAUUUGAUUGGUUAUAAAUCAAUUAACGCAAUAAACGAGAUCUCGUUUAAAUUUGGCAUUCCUGGCAACGAAAAUAAAAUAUUCACUUUAUUAUCAAAUUAUUACGAUACUCAGGAAGAUUUCAAUAAUGUUUGACGUGGCACUUGCUAAUGCUGGUGCUCAAGUUGUACUUGCGACAUCAAGUGAUGAAAAACACCCUCCGGAAAACAUGAUAGACGGUCAAACAGAAACAUUCUGGACAUCAACAGGGAUGUUUCCACAGGAAUUCAUCAUCUCAUUCCAGCAGCUUAUGAAUGUAAAUACAAUCAAAAUGGACACAUUUAAUGUGAAAGGACUUCAACUAGAAAGAAGUGUGCAGAAUGAACCCAAUGACUUUCAACCACUAGACGAAAAAGAUCUGGUUAGUACAGAUGGACAGUUACAACACAAUGAAUUCAGCUUUAGUUCUACAACUGCACAACAUUUGAGAGUUGUUAUAAACUCUGGCCAUGAUCACUUCAUUUCAGUACAUAAACUACAUGUAGAUGGUACUGCUGUGCAUAAUUCAUAACUGAUGAUUAUAUAAACUGCAUGUACAUACUAUACAUGUAGGCCCGAAACCAGCUUUUGCCAAGGAAUGUUGACUUUUCAAAACAUUUGACACUGUGACCAAUUAAUUACUUGCAAAGUGCCCAGAAUGUUGAUGAAAACUGUAUGAUUUUGUAAGAUUUUUGACCAACUCCUCCUCCUCCUGGCUACGGGCCUAUGUACAUAUAGUACAGCUGUAAUCAUAACAAAGGGACUUGCUUUAUUGGCCGAACAAAGCAGAAUAGUAGAUGUCAGCACUUAGUUUUUAUUAUCCCAUCAAAUGCAUGAAAUUCAAUUCAAUUUUUCAAUUCAAUUCAAUUAUUAAAUUCUUAUAUAAUAUACACUAUAAAAACAAGCCGCUAGACACCCUAGUGGGUAUAUGUUGCGG